AUGGCACACGACUCUUCUUCGUCCAAAUGGCCGAACAAUACAAACCUACGCACAGCAUCAAAGGUCUGUCUGGCGAUGGUGACACUUGUCCUCCUCUACUAUGCAUCAUUCACGAUGCGCGUGGGGAGGACAUCUCUGGUGCCAUUUCAGAUCGACCGCGAAGACUUCAUCGACCGCUGGCUCAACACACGGUUGUUAGGACCGUUCAACCCAGCAGUAAUUCGCCCAUACUGUCAACAGAGCACCUGGCGACCCAAUCUCAUAUUCCACCUAUACGAUGCGGAUGGCGGCAUCGGCAACUUUCGCGCACAUUUCCUUGACUUCUUGUGGUAUGCCAUGGAAAUGGGUGCAUCGAUUGUUCUUCCCAACACUGCCAUGCGCAACACGGACAAUUUGCUCGAUCUCACUGGAGACGGCGAGAGAGCGCCAUUCCGCAACGCAUUUGAUGAGGCCUGGUUCAAGGCUGCAAUCAGGGAAGCUUGCCCACCAAUGCGGGUGUACGACCCGCCCAAGAACGCCUCUGAGCUCGGGCAGCAUUUCGAAGAGCAGUUUCAUCCGGUAGAGGUCACGAGGAGGAGAGACACGAACCGUAUUAGCUGGGUGAGAACUAUGGAUGGAUGGCUGCAGGACCGCGGAUACGAGGCCAACAGCGACAAGAAAUACAUUGUCGAUAUGAGCCGGACCAUGUGGCAGAUUGACACCCAGCGCCUGUCGCCCGCUCUGCGUGUCAAUUUCGGCAUGCUGCUACGUAUCAAUCCGGACGUACGUCGAUACGCUGCCAUUGCCAUGUCCAAUCUCGCAGCAGUAUAUGGCGUUCAUCUCAACGCCUCGGAACGUGUGCACCAGCGUGCAUUCUACGGCGCUCACCUCCGCACCGAAUCGGAUGCGAUUGGUGCAGGCUAUACCAGCGGGAACUGCGACGAAUCGUCUUGCCCGCUCGAUUUCGAGGCCCAAACAGACAGCUACAUCGACGCGGCUCGCGAGCACGGUCUCCGUCAUAUCUUCGUCGCUUCCGGCAACCAGACGGAAGCCGAAAACUUCAAAGCAAAGGCCGCUGCUCAGAGUCCGCCGCUCAUCGUCGUGGACAAAUGGGAUCUUCUCCCUCCCGAAGAGUCCCGGCUCCUUCAGGCAUAUCACUGGGACAUCCAGGCUCUCGUGGACUACGAAAUCAUGAUGCGCUGUUCGGUUUUCGGGUCCAUUUCUCAGAGCAGUUUUGGGUGGACAAUCGCCGUCGCCAGAACUGUGUGGAUGGAUGAGAACGGGAUUGUAAAUGAUGCGAUGUUCACGGGAGAUCCGCUGAUCGCUUAUGAUAAUGGGAUGAAUAAGCUUGUUGGGCGGAACUGGAUUUUGGAGGGUCAGGCGCCGGUGAUGUUUCCUUAG